ACGUGACUCCCUCCCGGGAGGGGGGGGCCGGGCACGUGACACCGGCGGGACACGUGACAGGGAGCGGGACACGUGACAGGGAGCGGGAGCGGGCACAGCCAUGGUGUCGGGCAAGCAGCUGGCAGACUUUGGCUACAAGGCCUUCUCGGGCUCCAUGAUGCUGCUGACGCUCUACGCGGGGUACCUGUGCAGCGUCCGCGUCCAGAGGAUGCUCCAGCACCGCCGGGAGCGCGAGGAGAACACGCCUGGCCCCCAGAGCUGAGCCUGGGCUGGCGCUGGCACCGGGCCUGGCAGCUGGGACCAGCCUGGCACUGGGCCUGGCAGCUGGGACCAGCCUGGGACCGGGCCUGGCAGCUGGGACCAGCCUGGCACCGGCCCCGUGCCCAGCCCGGGAGCUGAGCUGGGACUGGGACCGGCCCCAGGAGCUCAGUCUGGCCUGGGACUGGUCCUGCACCCAGUCUGGGACUGGAAUCAACCCCAGAGCUGAGCCUGGCCCAGUGAACUGAGCCUGGCCUGGGACUGGUCCUGCACCCAAUCUGGGACUGGGACCAGCCCCAGGAGCUGAGCUGGGACUGGGACUGGUCCUGCACCCAGCCUGGGACUGGAAUCAACCCUAGGAGCUGAGCCUGGCCCAGUGAACUGAGCCUGGCCUGGGACUGGUCCUGCACCCAGCCUGGGACUGGGACCAGCCCCUGGAGCUGAGCUGGGACUGGGACCAGCCCCAGGAGCUCAGUCUGGCCUGGGACUGGUCCUGCACCCAAUCUGGGACUGGGACUGGCCCCAGGAGCUGAGCUGGGCCCAGUGAACUGAGCCCGGCCUGGGACUGGUCCUGCACCCAGUCCGGGACUGGGACCAGCCCCAGGAGCUGAGUUGGGACUGGAAUCAACCCCAGGAGCUGAGCUGGGACUGGAAUCAACCCCAGGAGCUCAGUCUGGCCUGGGACUGGCCCUGCACCCAGCCUGGGACUGGGACCAGCCCCAGGAGCUGAGCCUAGCCCAGUGAACUGAGCCCGGCCUGGGACUGGUCCUGUGCCCAGCCUGGGACUGGGACUGGCCCCAGGAGCUGAGCUGGGACUGGGACCAGCCCCAGGAGCUCAGUCUGGCCUGGGACUGGUCCUGCACCCAAUCUGGGACUGGGAUGAGUCCCAGGAGCUGAGCUGGGACUGGUCCUGCACCCAAUCUGGGACUGGGAUGAGUCCCAGGAGCUGAGCUGGGACUGGUCCUGCACCCAGCCUGGGACUGGAAUCAACCCCAGGAGCUGAGCUGGGACUGGUCCUGCACCCAAUCUGGGACUGGAAUCAACCCCAGGAGCUGAGCCAGGACUGGGACUGACUGAGGGGGCAGCAGGACCCACCCUUUUGCCCCCCUGGGCCCAAUAAAAGCCGUGUGAAAGCA